CAAUCUGCGCAGCUAAGAUGAAGCACAAUCUUUUCCGGGUUGUGUUUUACACUCAUGACGUGAGAGAAGAGACACAAUUGUACUUAUAUUCAGCUUGCUUAUGUUAAGAAACAUAGCUAGGGUAAAGCUUGUAAAGUAAAGUGUUUACUUUCUAUUCAUUUAGAGUAAAGAUUUGCACAGAUUUCGUGAUACGAUGGCGGCUGUCGACAGCUUCCAUCUUUUGUAUAGAGAAAUAGCCAGAUCGUGUAAUUGUUACAUGGAAACAUUGGCACUGGUGGGCGCGUGUUACACAGCUAGUAAGGCAGUGAUAUUACUAAGGGACUGUUAUAGCCUGAUAAGGCUUCAUUUUAUUCCUCGUCUUGUUUACCGUAGGGAUCUCAGUCAGCAAUAUGGAGAAUGGGCUGUCAUUUGUGGUGCUUCAGAGGCAAUAGCAAAAGCAUAUGCAGAAGAACUGGCUAGGCAUGGCAUCUGUGUGAUUUUGAUUAGCAGUGAUGUCAGAAAUUUGUCUGACACUGCCAGGUCCAUCACAGACACUUAUGGGGUUGAGACCAUUUCGAUAAAGGCUGAUUUUAGUCGGGGACCUUCUGCCUGCAAACCUUUAAGUGAUGCCAUGUGUGGUAAAAAUAUUGGAUUCAUCGUUAACAGUCUGGAUGGGUCUGUGGAUCUCUCCAGAGACUUUCUGGACCUGUCUGAAGCUGAAAUCUGGGACACACUUAAUAAAAAUAUAGUGGCUGCUACUGUUGUCACCCGUCUGGCUCUGCCCAGCAUGGUAGAGAGGGGAAAAGGAGCAGUGGUUAAUAUUUCCACCGGAGGCUGCUUGCGUCCCAUUCCUGGAAAGGGCAUCCUUUCUGCAUCCACGGCGUUUCUCGAUAACUUCAGCAGGGCUCUGCACUAUGAAUAUGGGCAUCGGGGAAUUUUUGUGCAGAGUUUACUGCCAUUCAGUGUUGCAUCUCAAAGACCUGAGGACCACGAUGCUACUGGCUGGCUCAUUCCAAGUCCGCAAGUGUAUGCAAGACAUGCCCUUUUAACCCUGGGCAUCUCUCACAGAACCACAGGAUACUGGCCUCACACCAUCCAGUUUCGACUGGUGCAGUGCUUGCCAGAGUGGAUAUGGUUGCUGGGAACACGUGUCUUAACAAGAGGCACCUAAAAAUGCCACUACCUGUUGAUGUAACAGACCUCCUGGUUCUUAAAAUGUAUAAUUUGAUAUUUGCGAGUUCACUUGAUACACGGUGAUUGAAGUAUGUUGAAAUUGAAAAUGUCUGAGUUUAACACCUCAGAUUUGUUUGCACAAUACGUUUUGAAUGUGGUGUGAGUGAUAAUGACUGGAUCGUGAUUUGACAGUUGUGUUGUUUUUGCUCUUUUGGUCCACUUUGGCAAAGACCAUAUAUUUAAAAGAAAUCUCUUUUGUAAAUAUGCACUACAGUAGUAUUUAUUUCAGCAGGGUUUACUGAGGCUAUACUCAGCAGUGAUUUUUUUUUCUCCAUUGUAGCAUUGUGUUGCCAGAUGUAGUUUGGUUAUAGCAUCGUAUAUUUUACCACUGUAUCAAUAAAAAUGGCAUCUGUGGCAAUGAAGAGCCUCAAAGUUUACUACAGUAUAAAAUUCAAGAGAAACUUUUAUUUUUAAAGGUGUGUUAUGUAAUAAAAUGGCAUUGCUUUUAAA